CUCAUGAGCGAUAUGUUCAAAUGUGUUUUUACGCUUUGGGGGCUGCUGCAUCGCUUGUUCCUGAACCUUUUCUUCCUUCCAAAUGCCCUGAAGAUCCAUUGCACACCUUGACUUGCAUGAAACCUCUUCUCUCUUAUUUUCCCAGUGAACCAGACCUGGAGAAGGAGGAAUGGCCAAGAUCUCCCCAGGAGAGGAUGAAACGGGAGGCAGGGAAAAGCAAACAGCCCCUGAAAACAUCCCCACACUCUGGAAGAACUUGUCGGCAAAACCCCUGCACAGAACUGUAUCUGCAUGAAGACGGAUGCCUGCCAAUGUCUCCCCGAGUCUUCUCUCCAAACUCCGCCUGCGGUUGAGAGAAGGCUCUCUGUUGGUGAGGUGGCUGAGCUUAGUUUCUCGCCUCCAGUUAUGUGCGUUUUUGACGGGGAUUGUGGGCUGGGUGAUGUGCAUUGCAACAACAGCCAGUGUGAACUGGAGAGUGUGGCGUGUAGAAAACAUUGAGGGAAUCGCCUCUGGAAACGUCUGGAUUGGAAUCUGGGCUGUCUGUUUUUGGAGAGACCCUUCUAACGAUGGCAAUGCUUUUUGGCAUUGUGAAGAUCUCAAUGAGCAAUAUCCAACCCUCCCAAGGGAAAAUUUUUAUGCUCAGGACUUAAUGGCAUUGGCUCCCCUUAUGAAUUCAGCGGCCCUAGUGUUAACGUCAUUUGCCUUGUACAAUGUGUUUGAGCCCAGAAUACAUAAGGAUUUUGUGUUAACCUUUUUUAGGAUUGGAGCUUUCCUGAACUUAUUUGCAGGGAUACUUGUCCUGAUUUCUGUCAUAUGGAACAUGUCUGCUGUCUUGAAAAAUGGGGAAAUCAACUUCCCAGACUUCCCAGAAUUAGAAUUGCCUCCAAUUCCCAGCGAGCAGCAUAUUGGACCUUCUAUUUACGUAGGCUAUAUCGCUGCGGGUUUCCAGCUGCUGAGUGCAGCAUUGGUUGGGAUUGAGAUACUUUGCUUCAAGACCCCCGCAAUAGAGACUCGUGAAAUAGAAACUGUAGUGGUGAUUACACCAGGAAGUGAGGUAAAAAGCGAGUGUCUAACUACUUGUUUGAAGUGUGGUUCUCUGCUGGACCUGGUAAUUCGAGAGGAAACAUACUCAGUGGAAAGCCAUGCAGACAAUAUUGUCAUUGAAGAGGAAUCCUCCACAGUGGAGAUAGAGGAAAGCCAUGAAACCAUGGUUAUUGGCAGGGAAGUUAUACCAAGUAAAAAGGAUGAGUAGGGACAAGGGUUUUUCUGUGGUACUUGCUCUUCAUCCAAUGAGCUAUUUUAUCUCACUGCAGGAUCCCUGUAAUACCCAACCACCCAGUAAA